UUUAGACCAAUUGAGGCGUCUGUAGCCACGGAGGAAGUCGCGGAGGUUGGAGGCGAAGCGGAAGCUGUAGACUCGGGAGGUGUUUGUUGUGGAGGAGCUGAUUUUGUACUUCGUUAGACGCUGUUCAGACUCGCAGCUGUGUUUCUGUGAGUUUCAAGAUGCCUUCGUUUAGCUCGUUGGGACAUACUCUGACCACUUCGUUGCUCGUUGCCGCCGUCUUUCUCUGUGUUAGCUUUGUUACCCGGGGACAGUGCCAGACAACUUCGCCGCCGACAAUUCCCUGCGCCGCCAAUAAAAACUGCGACACAUGUGUCCCACACGCCAAGUGUCUGUGGUGCUUUGCCACCAACAACUGCACAGAGUACCCAGUGAGCUGGUUGCUGCCUCCGGCUACACUAUGCCCACUGUCCCAGGCCCGCUGGGGAGUGUGCUGGAUGAACUUUGAAGCCCUGAUCAUUGCCAUGGCUGUGUUGGGUGGAGCCAUUCUCAUCGGCAUUGUCGUCUGCUGCUGCUGCUGCUGCUGCUGCCACAAGAGCCGCCCAUCAAGGCUUGACAGAGAAGAGGAGAGAUCUGCCAGAAGGAGAGAGGAAAUCAAACAGCGUGCUGAAGAACGGAAGGUGGAGAGAAAGGCACGCCACGAUGAAAUCAGGAGGAAGUAUGGUCUGAUCGGUGAUGCGGACCACCCAUACAGCAAGUUUGAGAAUGAGUAAAGCAGCUGCGCUGGAGGACUUCCACAGGCAGCUCACAGAGCUCCUCUCUGUCUUUGCUUUGAGCCUGGAGUGAUGCCCUUUCCUCUCGCAGAGUGCUGCAGAGCAGCAGCUGUCCUUUGAUUCAACUCGGACAACAAGCUCCAUAUCAAACCUGAAUGAAGGAAUUCUGAGUCCGUUUAUCCUUCUGAUUCUCUGAGGACACAGUGAAUUGUGUUUAAUGGUUCAGUCUUGUUUUUAAACUUCCUGCAAAAUUAUUUUUUCUCUCUCUUUAAAUAUUCUACUCAUAUCAAUCCUUGCACUUUGUAUAUACAUUAUUGAUUACACCGUGAUGAUUGUACCAUAGAUGUGUUCCUAUUCAUUAAUAAACCUCUUAAAACAG